AUGGAUCAAAGCUCCGAAGCGCACUCUACAUGGCAGUCGAACUCGAGGGAGGAGUUUGGCGACUAUGUGCUCAUGGUUCAAUGCCUAAUAGAGCAAUGCCUACUCAUCGAUCUCAGUCGCGACGAAUGCGUGUACACCUUAGCACGGCGGGCGAGAAUCGACCCCGCUGUUACGCUUGCAGUGUGGAAGGGACUCGAGAAGCAAAACCCAACAUUCUUCGAGGAGUACUCACGUCGGCCACACAACAGCGAGACUCGCAGGGCCAGGCGCGCUCAGCAGGCAGCGCAGCAACAAUUGUGCUCCGCUAAGAUGCUUCAGUACCUGGACGCCUGGCAACUGCCUUACACUGGAACUUGA